AUGACUGGUCGAAGACGCGAAGUGGAAGAGCAAGGCGAACCCAGUGAUUCCUACUCUCUUCCCCCUAACCACAUCCUCAGUACUCACCUCACUACCCACUUUGUGCACUGUUCUUCGGCGCAUUCGACAGAACCAGGGCGACGGAUGAGACGUUACAUUGCUUACGAGUUGGUGUGGGCGCUUCCAAAAGUUAAAGCAGCCAUGAGAGCGCUUGGACUUGGGCCGCUGGAUAUCGAUGGUCUCCGCAGAUUACUGGCAAUACUGAAGGUCAAACCACCCAUUCGGAAUGAUAUAAAAGCCAAGAGUGGUGCCGUUUCUUGUCCUCAAGCUCCAAGUCGAUACCUACCUUCGAUUUCGAGUCCAGUGCACGGCCUAUACAGCAAGAUCAUGGCUCUGACUAGGAAGGGCCCCUUCAUCUGCUCCACAUGCAACAAAGAGUUCAAGAAAUGGUCGAGACUAAUGGCCCACGAACGGCGUGAGCACGACCCGAACGCCAUCAUCAAACAUUUCCCCUGCCAGUUUCCCAACUGCAAUUUCACAACCAAGCACAAAGGUUCCCUGAACAACCAUGUCACCACCUUCCACAAUCCCGACGCUGAGCAAUUCGCAUGCCAGUUUCCCGACUGUAAAUUUGUAACCAAACUCGGAAAGGCUCGCCUGAAACAACAUGCCCUCGUGCACGAUCCCGACGCUGAGCAAUUCCCAUGCGAGUUUCCCGGCUGUCUUUACACAACCAAGUACAGGCCGAACCUGAGACUGCAUGCCCUCUUGCACGAUGCCGACGCUAAGCAAUUCGCAUGCGAGUUUCCCGACUGCAAUUUCACAACCAAGCACAAACCUUCCCUGAAAAAACAUGCCAUCAUCCACGAUCCCGACGCUGAGCGAUUCGCAUGCGAGUUUCCCGGCUGUGAAUACGUCAGCACAGACAAAAAAAGCCUGAAAGAGCACGCCCUCGUGCACGAUCCCGACGCUGAGCAAUUCGCGUGCCAGUUUCCCGGCUGUGUUUAUACAUCCAAACGCAAAAAGAACCUGAAACAGCAUGUCAUCGUGUGGCACGAUCCCGACGCUAAGCAAUUCGCGUGCCAGUCUCCAGGCUGUAAAUUCGUGACCAAAUAUGCACAAAACCUGAGACUGCAUGAAGGGCUCAAAAGGUGUGCGCUUCAAGAAGCUUCAUUGAGCUAUAAUGGUCAUGAGAGCGCCGAUGGCUCUGAGGCUCCCGCCUUCAACACUCGACAAGUCUGCCUCGGCCAGCGGUUCGUCGUCGACUGCAGCAAGUAG